CGCAACCGGAAGGGAGGGCCGCUGUGUGAUGGUAGCGGAACUGUUGGUGUGUGUGUGUUUUUUUUAAACACAGCUUAGGUUGGCGCCGGUUUGAUUCCCUGCUCCCCCAAGAUGGCGGCGGCUGGUCUUCUUCAAAGCGAAACGGGCGGGAAGUCGCUUGGUUGUCGCCGCUGUUGCUGGGAGAGGAGAGGGAGAAGAAUGACAGCUCUGGUCGUGCUGCUGUGGGUGGCCCGUUCUGUUGCCGCCUGGACGCCUCUUCCCACGGGCGCGGCUUACCUGGAGCCGGAUGAUGCGGUGGAGAACCGAGUCCAGGAGCUGAGCGGGUCCAACUGGAGCCUCCUGCUGCAGGGCCAAUGGAUGGUGGAAUUUUAUGCCCCUUGGUGUCCUGCUUGUCAGCAGAUGGAAUCAGCAUGGGAGGCUUUUGCAAGAAAUAGUGAAGACCUUGAACUCAGCGUAGGCAAGGUGGAUGUAACUCAGGAACCAGGUGUAAGCGGUCGUUUCUUUGUCACAACACUUCCCACUAUUUACCAUGCAAAGGAUGGAGUGUUUCGCAGAUACCGUGGCUCGAGAACACUGGAGGAUUUAGAGGGCUAUAUCCUGGAGAGAAAGUGGGAAGCUAUAGAACCUGUGGCAGGAUGGAAGUCCCCAUCGUCUAUUAUGAUGCAUGGAAUGGCAGGAAUCUUCCAUUUAUCUGGAUGGAUCAGGCAAAUCCACAACUACUUAACAGGCACUCUUGGAAUUCAUAUUUGGAGUUCUUAUGCACUCUUCAUAUUGGCCACUUUACUGAUUGGCCUUAUCCUGGGCUUGGUCCUGGUUUUACUUGCAGACUGUGUUUUUCCGCCUAAGUCCAGAGCAGAAGGUUCUGACCUGAUGGACCCCAAUGAUGAUAAAGCUGAAGAGCGGCAGGAGACACUACAACAUAUGGCAGGAGAACCAAUUACAGAAAAGGAUUUGUCUGAUGGAGAAGAUGAGGAAGAGGAGUCUCAGGACAACUUCUCAGAUGACUCUGCAGUUGAAGGAUCUGAGACAGAAUAUGACUUGGAGCACCAAGCAUCUGACAAAGUGGAGCAAAGCUCUCUAAGGCAGCGUAAACCAGAAGUGGAGGCUGAUGAACUAUAGUACAAGUAGCUAUGUAUGUACUUUAUCUGGACCAAAGAAGCAUCGGGGACCAUCCUUGAUUGCAGCUGAAGCCAAACACUUGACCUGUAAACUGUUACAGCUAAAUGCAUGCUUUGUGCCAUAAGGCUACUGUCAUUGUUUUUAGGGCCAGUAUUUUCUAACGUUUAUUCUGGAAGAUACAUUUUUAAUGUUGAGACGAUAGCCAUGACAAUCACUUUUAUUUUGUACUUGGUCUGGGGUGGUGUUGAUAGGAGGCUUUAUUUUUAGGCAAGGAUGUUAUAAGCACAGCGAAAUCUACCCAAGUGCACUCUACCCAAGCAUUCUACCCAAGUGCACAUUUUGCAUUUCUGUCCUGUCCUGACAAAUCUUAGAUAAUCUAAUGCAUGCUUUGCUCUUUGUUGGUAUAAGCUAAUCAGAUAAGGGAUUCAUAGUUUUCUGUUAAAAAGCCAUAGUAGCUCAUCAGCAGACUUAAGGCAUCUUCAGUCAUUACAAAUCAAGAGUUCACUCUUGAGUGUACAUGCAUAUACACGCAGUGUGUCAUUAUGUUUGAAGUAGUUAACGAGUAUAAGUUUAUAAGCUUGCAUUUUAUAAAACAAGUUUUACUAGUUUCAUUUUGGGUUUACUGACCUGCAUCCAAGUAGUGUUCUAUAACUAUUCACAUCUGUGUCCUACUGUGUUAGUGUAUAAUUGGCUUCCAUAUGGGUUUCCCAAAUGCUUGUCCACAAGGUGAACUUCUCACCACUUAGCUGGCUGACCAUGCAUGGGGCUCUUCAGUUUAUUCAAGACAGCUUUGAUCAUGUUGAUACCCGACGUGCAUUCCAGUGCAAGGUGGAUCAGCACCUUGCACAAUUAGAAAAUGCCACACUCAGUGACACAUUGCUUAAUUAAAAUAGUUGCUGAUACCUGAAGUAAAUGAUCACAUAUUCCUGAUGACCAAAAUACUUAUGUGAUUUCAAAAGGUUUAGGCUGUUACAACUGCCUAAAGAUGAUGAUGUGGUGUGAAACAAACAUCCUUAAUGGUUCUGGUUGAUUUAUUUAACAAAUGGUUAUUUGUUCCUAAAUGGUUAAGAAUGUUUACUAACUUCGUACAAACAUCCUUAAUGGUUCUGGUUGAUUUAUUUAACAAAUGGUUAUUUGUUCCUAAAUGGUUAAGAAUGUUUACUAACUUCGUACAUGCCGUAUGUUGAUUAGUUUAGUAUAGCUGUGUAAAUAUAGCUUCACUGUAGCCGUGGCUGUUGUCACCCUAUAUAAAUGCUGGUUGCAGUGCAUUGGAGUGAAUUACGCUUACAUUGUGAAACAAAAGCUCAUAACGAUUCAGUGGCAGCAUAAUUGGAUGACUAGGAGGCUAAAGAAUCCAGAGCAGAGAAUGAAUGACUGUUGUUGGACAUGAUCAGCUGCCAUGGCAAGAGAUGAUUCUAUUACACCAAGGGCCUUCUAUCAUACCUCAUUAUUGGCCAUGCAGACUGGUUGCCUUCUAGCACAGGAGGGCACAGGUUACCUACCCCUGUAGUAAGCAAAUGAGAGACUUAAAAGUAAACAACAAUAGUUAAAAGCAUACUUGCAGUGUUUUGCAUAGUGUUACAAAGCUCGUUUUGUGGCUCUUACCAGUAAGCUCCAGGAUGCAGCUUGACAGCAUUGCUCAAAUAAAUCCAGGUUGUCUUGAAUAUAAGCCAGGUUGACUCACCUGCAUAAAAUGCAUUGAGGUAAAAACUGCUAGGUGAAUUGCUGGAAAUGCUUUAAUGUACAUGUUUAACAUAGUGCAAAAAAACCUGGUAACCUGAGAUGCUGCUGCUCAAAAUUUGUUAACAUAGUUAAAGCAACACAUAAUUGAGAAGCCUAAAUUUUAAAAAUCUUAUUAAUGGUUCAUUUGUAAACUAAAUGUACUUUUCAUGCUGCUAAAGUAUCACAGAAGUAACAUGGUCACCUUGAUUUGAUUCUGGAACCUUCCUAACACAAUCCCUUAGCAAGUGAGGCCAAGCUUUUUUCAGAUACGUGAAAAAAAUAUUAGAGCUGUAGAAGCUGACCUUUCCAUGUUCCCAUGAAACAAAAAUGGAUGACAGCUAAUUGACUGUUGUUGCUUUGUUAAAGGUAGAGUCUGUCGUAAUUGCAGUUUUAACUAUUUAACAAAAUUUUUAUGUUUCAGAAGACUACUCACACAAUUACUAAAACCAUUUGGAGAGUAAGUCUACUUUACCUAAAAGCAUGAAGCAACACUGGCAUUGUUUGUUAGGUACUCAGAUAAGAAAGUACACGAAGGUUGCAAUUCUAAACAUGUAUAUUGGGAAGUAAGCCCUGUUGAGUUCAAUAGGACUUAGUUCUAAGUAAGCUUGUGCGGAAUCAAAUUGUCAUGUUCUGUUAACAUGACAAUCCUCAAUACUUCAUGCUCGUGAACAUAUCCUUAAGUUUAUUGCAACUUGAAGUAUAGACAUGGAACUGUAUUAAUCUUCAUUAAUAUUUCCAUUACACCAACAGAACUCAGUUGUUCAGGUCUUCCAACUCUGCUAGUUUAUUCCUAGAAAGAGUGCUGUCAGGAUACAGAUAUGAGGGUUCAUAGUACUGCUUAAGUUGAUUUAGGACAGAGAUGACAAAAGUAUCUCAAAAGAAGCUGUUGGAAACUAGCCUUUUUCAUCAUGCACAAAAAUGGUGCUGUUGAAACAGUGGCCAUAUUAACCACUAUGAACAAAUGCACUAUGGUCUACAGGGCUGUAUCAGGGUUUUAAUUUGCAUGGAUUCCCAACUUUUAAGGUGCCAAGUUCUUCAAUAAAUGGAGGGGAGUAAUUCAUUUAGAAAUUGAUUCUUAAAAGAACUGGUAUUGGGUCAAGCAAAUUUAAUCUCACGUUUGGAGCAAAUCAUUCUGGAAAAAAGGCAAUAUUUUUGUGCUCCUAAUUGUUUAGUUGAAAUGAUUAGUUUAGUUUGUGACAUGAUUUUUAUGCAAAACAAUUUAUACUAAAAUGCUACUGUUUAUUUCUUUAACUAUAUAAAAAUUAUUUAUUACAUGUCCU